AUUCAGUAUAGGCGACCUAGAAUAGAGAUUAAUCAAUGUUUUUAUUUAUAUUUAUCUAUUUAUUUACCCGUUAGGAUUGGGAUUAAAUAAUGGUUACUUAUUAUAAUAAAUCUAAACUGUCGCAGCAUGAACAAUAUUGACAACAAAUCUAUUUUUAAUUACCCAAUAACAGAUACAGCCACUGACGGUUUUAAAUAUAGUACAAAAAGAGAGGGGCGGGUUGAACCUGAACGCAACACUUUUGAUUGACAGGCCUUCCUUGCCCAGUCAACAAUAGAAACGGGAGGGGUUUGCGUCGGUGUGUGGCGUACUACAAAAAGAAAGGGGCGUGUCCGUGAGCGGUGGGGACCAAUCAGGAAGCAGGAUGGGACAGCCGAAGCCGCUCGUGCCGCUGCGGAUGGGCGGGGCUGUGUGGAGUCAGAGGGCGAGGAGGCAGCGCGAGAGGAGAGAGAGAGAGAGGAAACAGACGUUGGUGAUGUGUGUGUGUGUGUGUGAGUGUGUGCGGUGAACGGCGCUGCAGGUACAGUCGGAGCUGGAUACAGGUUUCUUUUUAUAGCCGCACCGGACCCGCGGCACAGCGCCUCAGAGCCGGGCCUCUCUCUCUCCUCUUCAUCCCCCUCUCAAACCCCUCCGCAAUGUCGGGCGGAGGAGGAGGAGGAGGAGAGCUACGCCUCCUCCGCCAAGAGCCCGGCGGGCAAGAGAGCCCGAGGAUGCCGGCCUGGAAGCGAGAGAUCUUGGAGAGGAGGAAGGCGAAGGGCGGCGGGUCUGGAGGAGCCGGUGCCGCGGAGACGAGCCCCGGUGGCGGCGGCUCGGGCUCCCAGCGGGUCAACGGCGAGCAGACGGGGAACGUGAACGGCGGCGGCACCGGAGCCAAACGAGACGUUGGACCGAGCGGCGGGUCCGGGCGGAGCUACACCAUCACCGCCGCCAGCCAACACUUCACCAACAACAAAGAGCCCCGGCCGGCGGACGCGGAGAGGACGACGCCGGGCCCGGAGGAGGACGGCGGAGGACGCGAGAGCCUGGUGCUGCAGGAGAGCCUGGGCCCGCUGGACGAGAACCCCUUCAUCAAGCUGGAGAAGGAGCGCCGGAGGCGGCAGGACCGGGAGAACCACGCCGCCGCUCGCCCGGUCCAGCACAUCCUGGAGCUGUACGGCAGCGUGCCCGGCAUACGGACUAUCCGCGCGGACAAUAUCAUCAUCAUCGAGUCGGACCCGGACUACUUCCCGGAAGCCGGGGGGCUCAACCCGGGGUCCAAAUGGCAGCAGAACGGCGUGAGUAGUUACAGCUCCCUGAGCGACCUCCUGGACCGGAGCGGGAGCGCCGUGACCGAGAUUAGAGCCGCGGAGGUGGUCAUUUACGACACCACGUUGAGCAAGAGCGAGGAGAACCUGAGCACCCUGGGGCGCCCGGGUCACGAGGCCCUGGAGCCGGGCGGCGAGGGUCAAGGCAGGGUCAGCCGGAUGCUGCAGAAGUUCGACAGCAACUACGGGAAGCUGCAGAAGAAGUCCCGCAGCACGGAGAACCUGCUGGACCUGGACCGCGGUUCCGGCGGCAGGCCGCGGCUCCGGUGCAAGCCGCGGCCGGAUCCGGUGCCGAAGGCCUGGCCGGGCCCGGCGGCGAGCGGUCAGCCGCCGUCGCUCGUCUCCCAGAGUCCCUCGUCUUCCAAACCGAAGCCGAAGGAGGUCACCGAUGUCGGCGCCCCCCACCAGAGCCCCGGCGGGCCGCCGCCGCCCGUGUCUUCCUUCUGCCAAUGGUUCGAAGAGAGCGGAGGCCACGGGGUCAGCCCCGGGGACGAGCAGCCCGACAACAGCUGGCACGCCAAGCCCGCCAGAGAGAGAGGAGACUGGGAGGGCUCCGAGGCGCCGGGCUCCCCGACCGGCGCCGUCCUCUUCAAGGCGACCCGCUCCUCCUCCGAAUUCGAGAUCCGGCCCUCCCCGAAGCCGGACCUGACCCGGAUCCCCGACGGGGACGUCCAGGCCCGGGCCCUCGCAAACCUGCGCCUGCAGUCCCGCAACUCCUUCACGGUGAUCCCCAAACGCCGGCCGGCCGCCGACCACGGGAGGCCGUCCCCGUCCCGCAGAGGAGCGGCGGUGCCCACGGCAACCGCCCCCUCCCCCCCGACGCCCGCCCCGGCUCCCUCGAAGAGGACCGAGGAGAAACCGCCAGAGGAGGAGGACGUCAAGGGGUCCGCGAGGGUCUCGCCGAAGCCUGAAGCAUCACUUCCUGCUCCCACCAGUCCAUCACCUCCCCCGUCUCCAUCUCACGCUCUAAGCCCCGCCCCCUGCUCCCCACCUGCUCCAUCUUCACCCCCCACGUCUCCGGCGGUCCCGUCUUCAACCCCGCCUACGUCUCCGGUUCCCUCGGACUCCCCGCCCCCGCCGGUCCCCUCCUCUACGCCGCCCCCCCGAGAUCAGCUGCCGGUGACGAACAUCGACGACCUCGAAGCGGAGAGCCGGCGCCGCGUCCCGGGCCCCAGCCCGGCCCCCAGCCCCGCGGCGCAGAGGAGGAAGGGCAACACCUUCACCGUGGUGCCCAGGCGCAGGGCGGAGCCGUCCGAGGGCCACUCCAGCUCCCCGGAGCCGCCGCAGCAGGACGCCGCCUCCUCCUCCUCCUCGAGCGAGGCCCCGCCGGGGUCCACGCCCCCGCAGGCCGCCUACGCCCACCUGGGCUCCCUGCUGAAGAAGCGCUACCCGGCGGCGGAGGAGAUCGAGGUCGUCGGCGGGUACCUGACCCUGGAGAAGUCCUGCCUCUCCAAGACGGGCGUCGCGGGCAAGAAGCUCAAGAUCUCGUUCAACGAGUCGAGCCUCCAGAGUACGUACGAGUAUCCGUCGGAGAGCAGCGCGUGGGACAGCGAGGACGACGAGGACGACGACGACGAGGAGGAAGAGGAGAAACCGGACGGGAGGGUGUCGGACGAACAGCCGAGCAUGGUGGGACGCAUCCACAUCCCCCGGCCCGGUUACAUCAGCUCGCCCACCCACACCAACAACGACCUGUGCAGCUACAUUCCCAAGCACUCGGUGGACUUCAGCGCCUGGCAGGAGCACAAGCGCGACGACGGAGACCACCCGGAGGACGCCUCCCGACCGCCACCGCAGAGCGAGGAAGUUAUGCUCACGCCGGCUGACAGCUCGUCGCUGUCGGACUACAGCAGCGAGCCCGCCCUCUACUUCUGACCCGUUUGGACCGGUCAGCUGCACAGUAGCAUCACACCUGUGGGACCAGCCUGCAGCCAGAGUGGGAGGAGCCUGAGCUGCUCCACCCGACACUCCAGCCGUCUCCAAGCACAUCCUGAUCAGGACACGUGGUGGAGGUUGUUUUGUUUUGUUGUUUUUUUGGAGCUGAUCUCCUGCCACGGAAACCGCCACAUGCCAUGUUCUGCACGCCACACAUGGGGGAGCAGGUGAGCCGGUGUCCCCCCCCCCCUCCCCCACAACCUUCUUCCUGACCCGAAAGCAGCUGGGCUGUUUUUUUCCCCUCCCCUUACGAUCCCGGACAGUUGACCUGUCGACCUCCCUCCCUCCCUCCUCAUCCUCGCUCCUCAAAUUCAAAAAUAUCAGAUUGUCAGAAUAUCCAGACGGAGACGUUCCGGAAGACGUCAGCGGACGUUCCCGUACCUUCCCAUCAUCCGCCUCCACGCUCUGCUUCCGAGUCUUCGGCGCGUGCGUCGUGUUUUUCUCUCUCGAGAUGUCGAACGAGCGAAGGGAGACGAAGGAGCGGGUCGAAGAAGAAAAAAAGAACAGGAAGCCGCCAGUGCCCACGUGUAGGAAACGCCACGGCGACAUGGAAACACGUCAGUCGGACGAGAAGGACGCCGGCACACUGAAAACACACAAAAAACACACACACAAAAAACACAUACAAUAGUGAAAGGGUGCCACAAAUAAAUUUUUUUGUACCUGCAUGUUUUGAUUUACAGCCAUCAGCUUCUGGGGUUGGUUCUCUUUCACUGUAAUGUGUGUGUGUGUGUGUGUGUGUGUGUGUGUGUGUGUGUGUGUGUGUGUGUGUGUGUGUGUGUGUG